UAUCGGACUUCAACGUAACUUUUCACGCGAAACAAAUUACCGAUUUGUCUCCUGAAUUUGUUUUUGCUUUCUUUUUAAACCGUUUUGAAAUUACUCGAAAAUCUUACAUUGUUUUAAACAUACUUUGGUCUAAACAUGUCAACAUACGUGCAAAAGAUAUGUAGAUAAUAUACGGAUGCCAAAGUUAUUUAAUCCAUGUGAGAUUUUAUGAAAGUUGUAUGCGAUCAAAAUGUAGAUACUUGAAAAGAAAAUUGCAUACGAUUAAAUCGUAAAAAUUUUUUGCCCACAAAUUAAACGAUUACAAAAUACGCUAAAACUGACUGCGUUGAACGAUUUAGCGAAGCAGUGACAAUGUUACAAUAUCCAUCAACUUAUUGUGAUUAAGUUGAUAUAAAAUGAACACAUACCACGAAGGACAAUAGUUUCGACAGUUCAUUAAUUCUAGUUGUCGGCUUCUCGUUAAUCGCGACGGGAAUGUAUUUCACGUCUUACGCUUUAACUCCUGUAAACUAUUUUGAGGACAGCGAGUGCUGGCAAAGUUUCUACUUGAACGUUCUCUGAUUUACGAGCAAUCGUAAAUCAAAACACGAUUCGUUAAUAUGUACAAUGCUGCGAGGAUAGACACGAAAGAGCAUGUAGUAGUUACAUGUGUGUAUAAGUGCUAAAUAUGGUCGGUAGCUCGAUUCCUUUUCCUUCAUCUACAUUUUUUCUUUCUAUUUUUUGUGCACGUUAUAAACCUGACUACUUACGCCGUCCGUAAGAACGCACUUAAUGGUAAUGGUACUAAAUGCUGGAUGCGAAGAAGAGUCCGCUCGCGCUCCUCGCACAGACUUGCAGUCAAAUAGGAGCUGACACGCCGUCCAAUAAAUCUCUGCUGGGCUCGUUGGACAAAGGGUCGAACAACAAAUCGUCCAAGUCCGCGGAUCAGUCGCGUGAAAAAUCGUCACCGACGAUCGCGGCGACAUCCACAGAAUCAACCAAGGCAAACUUUAAGCCUUACGAGUCGUGUUUAGGUCGUGAGAAAGCGUCAAGCCCGGACGAACAACGGUCAGCCUCUAGUCAUUCGACGUCCGGCCGAUCGAGAACACCUGGUAGUAAUAACAAACGAUGCCCGAGCAAUCAGAGCGCCUCGUCAGUCCGAGCGGUGACACCGCAAGGUCGUAAAACAUCGACGCCGAAUGGGGAUACAGCUCGGGAGUCACCCGCCUCGAGAACAUCAAUGACGAAUCUUUCAUCGACUCAACUCGACUCGUCGAGUUCUUCUCAGCCGGCCGUCGUCAGCAGUCCGUCGUUACAAGCAAAACCUUCUUAUAGCCCAGCCGGUGUUCUAGCGAUAACGGAUCCGUCCAUCAAGGAUCUUCCGUUGGGAACAUUCAAACCUGGUGUCAGUUUAGCCUCGUCGAGCUCUGGCUAUUUAGGUUACAGUCCACAAUUACCCAUUGAUGUGACAGCCAGUUCUUUAAUGUCUCAGCAGCAGGCGGCGCUAAAGAAUAGCUUAGUGGCCGGUAAUCCCUAUCUAAGUUACGCAAGGUUGAAGAGUUCUUCCGGUCCCGAUGCUCUGAUGCCCGUUUGCAGGGAUCCGUAUUGCACUGGUUGUCAGUUGAACUCUCAUCUGCUUGCCAGUUCCGCGAGUGCGGUGGUGGCGAAUGGAAAGUUAGCAAGCAGUACAAGUAGCGCGGCAGGUUCCUGUCCUGCUGGGUGUGCUCAGUGCGAUCACAAACCCGGUACAACGGCUUACGGAGCGCUGGGUGUAGCCGCAUACGCACACGCACAACUGGCAGCUUUGGCAGCGGCCUCGCAACUCCCGUACGUGUGCAACUGGAUAGCAGGCGAUACGGCUUACUGUGGCAAAAGAUUUUCCACGUCGGACGAAUUGUUGCAACAUCUGAGGAGUCACACGAGCGUGUCGAAUAGCAGCGGAGUUACGGAUCCGUCAGCCGCGUUGUCUCUGCUGUCGCCCUCCGUUGGACUACCACCGACACAUCCUUUGUUCUCCAGGACUUAUCCCACGCCACCUUUGAGUCCACUCGCAACCGCGCGUUAUCACCCUUACGGGAAACCUUCACCGUUGUUGCCGCCGUCUCUAUCGUCGUUGGGUUUGCCGCUUCCACCGCCACAUCCGCACACACCUGCAGGAUUACCACCGUAUUUCUCCCCAUACUCGCUGUACGGAGCUCCUCGCCUUGGUGCUGCAUCCGGCUUGCCUCAAUGAGUCCUUGACCACGGACCUUGCCGAGCAACGACGUCGAAGAAUAUCAACCGUUCAACUGUGAUCCUCGUGCGAGUAUAGGGAAGUGUUUGAUACGUAAAUAUGCAAAAAGAAGCGAAUAAACCGAAGAUACGGAAUAAAAAAACAGACCAAGCGAGCUGACCUCGUUAAAGUAACCUCGCAAUUACGUUAAACAAACAAGUUAGUUGCUUACUCUUGUCAACAUUUUAGUAUCGUAGAAUUUCCUUUCUUUUUAUAUAUUUUUCUUAUUCUUUCGUUCCUUUACCUCCUUAUCUUAUCUUCAUCUUUAAAUUUGUUAUUUUAAUUUAUUAGUCAGACCGAAAAAUAAGAGACGCUGCGAAUGAUUAUUUAACGUGCUUGCUGAAAGGUUGGUGUCAUCAUCGAGAUAAAGAGCCGUACCUACACACGUGUUGAGUCUUCGGUAGGAAGUGCUAAAAAGAUUGCAAGUAUUAUAGUGUACCAAUCAGUUAACUGUGAUUCUUGUGCAAGAAUAACGAAGCGUGUAGUGAAGGGGAGCAAAUCUGAAAAUAACGUGUGCCUGAAAGAACCACUUAAGGCUACUGCAUAAUUAUUAACUGUCGACGUGCGUUUAACCGGCUGUUAUGUAUUACGAUGUGUUACGAUGUACCCCGGUACUUGAUCUUAAUAUCACGUUCGCGUACAGUACUAUUUUGUUUACAUCGCGGUUCAGAUAUUCCAACGUUCAUUCGUUUUGUAUUUCGUAUUGUUAACAAUACGUCUUCGACACGACGUUUGAACACUUAUGCGCGUACGCGAGUGUACGCGACCAUAAUCUUUUUAUUAUUGUACGAUUUCCUUUUCCAUGUUACGCUGUCGAUGAAUUUUUGUUCUCCGGUACGAUGGUAAUUUCCGAUUGAAAAUCAUUUCCUGUCACAUACUGAACUGAAAUAUUUGGCUGCACGGUGGCCCGUUCGCUGCACCUGACGUGAACCACUUAAUUUCGAAAAAUAAAACAAACGAGUGCCACGGGUAACGUCGAAAAACCAAUGUUCAACUGUGAUUUCCGAGUGAGAAAGCUACCAUGUGCAUGAGUGAGAUAUGCUGCGCUUCCGCUACAGAUAUGUGUAUGCGUGGUUCUAGAAUUUAUCGAUACAUACGCGAUCACGGAUCUUUAACUCCAACUAUUAACAGGCGAUUAUUUUUAAUAUCGAAUAUUUCCUCGCGAAUCUUAUCGUCGACGAGACAGUAUUUUUUUCGCGCUACACUUACCCACCUAAUAUAAUAACUCAAAAAUAGCCUGGAAUGUUAAAAUCGAAUAGAUUGGAAAUGUUGCGUAACUUUGAAAAUAGUACAAAAUAUGAUGAUAAAGGAUAAACGUUUGUAACGAGUAAUUUGAUCGUUUAUCGGCGCAGAAUUCCAAUGUAAAUUUGCAAACCACGUUUUUCAUGCUUUAAGUUCCAAGCCUAUGAAAAUACAUAGCUUGAAACGACGCAGUAAAUUCUCGUCGAUCGCGAUGUUCCAAUUGUACCAUGUCCUCCAUUAUUGCGAACAUUCGAAUGAAUAUAACGUAACGAGUAUAUGUGUAGUAUUUAUGGAUUAAUAUUCAUCACUAAUCUUUAUUGUAACUAUUGUACAUUUGUUCAUAGGUACGUAGACGGCGCGGUAAAAAAAGGAAAAGGGAAAGCACUUUUCGUCGGACCGAUGGAACUUAGUGAUAGUAAACGCGUGAACGUAAAUUCGACAAAACUUUAACUAGCUGACGAAUAUUGCGUCUAUAUUUUUGCGUAACCAAAGUUUUAGUGAUUGAUCGAUAAUUUAAUACUGUUACGAAUUCUUGUAUAACGACUUUAUGUACCGAAGAAAAACGAAUGUAUUGCAAGAUAUACAAUUUAAGUUACGAAUAGAUUUAUUUUCUUCUAUAUCAGAUAUGUAUAUACAUAUACAUGUACAUAUAUACAUGCAUACAUAAGUGUAAAUGUAUAUAUGUAUAAAUAUAUACAUAUAUACGUAAGUAUAGAUGUGUACACAUGUAGCAAUUAUUGUUAUUAUUAAUAUUAUUAUUGCAUAAUUCUUAUCAUUACGAUCAAUGACAAUUUGAAUGUGUGGAGAAAAUUUGACUAAGAGUACGUAGUCGGUGAAUAUGUACUAAUUAAUUCGUAUUUGAAUCGAAAUUUUGUACGUUUUAUUUCCCUCAUUUUUGAAGCGAACCCCACGUUGACUUGUUGAUUCUAUUAUUAUUGUUAUUCCGCAUUACGUAACGCUGUUUGAUACCCUAUUGAAGUGAAAUAUAUCAGAACUUAUUUCUUAACGGAAAAA